CCCGUCCCGUCCCGUCCCGUCCCGCCCCCAGCGCCCCUCCACCGCCGGACGCGCCUCUCGGCCGGCAGCAAUCGCCUCGCUGGCCCUCCGCCCGCCCAGUCCCCCUCGUACCAUGUCUUCCGAGGUGGCGCGGCACCUGGUCAUACAUUCUGAGUUGAAAGCGAUAUUAGAAGAUCAGAGCCGGAACUGGCGCCACAGUUUGCCCGGGUCAGCAGCUGAAUCCCUCCCGGGAAGCCCAUCCUGUCUUGUUAGACACCUUGAGACCUUCAGAAGUUUCUCUUUGUUGUGUCAGCUCUUUCACUCUCACAUGGCAACAAAAACAGCUCAUAUGUCCCCACAAGUAUUUGACAAUGAAGAGAAACAAAAAAAAGAAAAUACUCGUUCUUUAGCCAUGUCUGGCCAUGUUGGUUUUGAGAGUCUGCCUGAUCAGCUGGUCAACAGAUCAAUUCAGCAAGGCUUCUGCUUUAAUAUUCUCUGUGUGGGGGAGACUGGAAUUGGAAAAUCAACGCUGAUUGACACAUUAUUUAAUACGAAGUUUGAAGACCAUGAAUCCUCACAUUUUUACCCACAUGUUAGACUUAAAGCACAGACAUAUGAACUCCAGGAAAGUAACGUUCGAUUGAAAUUGACCAUCGUGAAUACAGUGGGAUUUGGUGACCAAAUAAACAAAGAAGAGAGCUACCAACCCAUUGUUGACUACAUCGACGCUCAGUUUGAGGCCUACCUCCAAGAAGAGCUGAAAAUCAAACGCUCCCUCUUUAACUACCAUGACUCUCGCAUCCACGUGUGCCUCUACUUCAUCUCCCCGACAGGCCACUCUCUGAAGACACUGGAUCUCUUGACCAUGAAGAGCCUGGACAGCAGGGUGAACAUUAUACCAGUGAUUGCCAAAGCAGAUACAAUUUCUAAAACUGAAUUACAGAAGUUUAAGAUCAAGCUCAUGAGUGAAUUGGUCAGCAAUGGUGUUCAGAUAUACCAGUUCCCAACAGAUGAUGAAACUAUUGCUAAAAUCAAUUCUUCAAUGAAUGGACACCUGCCGUUUGCUGUGGUAGGAAGUAUGGAUGAGGUGAAGGUUGGAAAUAAGAUGGUCAGAGCUCGCCAGUACCCUUGGGGCAUCGUACAAGUGGAAAAUGAAAGCCACUGCGACUCUGUCAAGCUCCGGGAGAUGCUCAUCUGUACUAACAUGGAGGAUCUGCGAGACGAGACGCACACGAGGCAUUAUGAGCUGUACCGGCGCCGCAAGCUGGAGGAGAUGGGCCUCACCGACACAGGCCCCGAGAACAAGCCGCUCAGUCUUCAGGAGACCUACGAAGCCAAAAGACACGAAUUUUAUGGUGAACGUCAGAGGAAGGAGGAAGAAAUGAAGCAGUUGUUUGUGCAGCGUGUGAAGGAGAAAGAAGCCGUAUUGAAAGAAGCUGAGAGAGAGCUCCAGGCCAAGUUUGAGCACCUUAAGAGAGUACACCAAGAGGAGAAGCUGAGGCUUGAGGAGAAGAGAAGACUUCUGGAAGAAGAAAUAAUCGCCUUCUCUAAGAAGAAAGCUACCUCCGAGAUAUACCAAAACCAGCCCUUUAUGACCCCAGGUGGUAACGUGAGGAAGGACAAGGACCGCAAGAACUCCGGUUUUAUGUAAAACAAAGGUUCCAGAUCACAGAAGAUCAUCACAAGCAAAGUUAUUAAACUGUUAGAAGUAUGCUUUGGUUUUCUUGCUGUUUUUAUUUGCUGUAUCACUUAUACUAUAUCUGGCAAAAGGCCACAGU